AUGAAUUAGUAACAAUAUAAUGAAAUGUUUACAGCAUUCUAAACAAAUAAGAUUUUAGUAGAACAAUUCGAUAUAUACCUUAAGUAAAAAGUAUUAUUAUUGAUUUUUAUGAAGUGUGGUCAUUUUUAUGAUGAACAUUUGUUUUAAUAAUUGAUUGAAUUAUCUUUAAAUAAUGGAGUAAUAGAUUUAGAGUGUUUUAUUAAUUAAUACAAUGAAACAGUUGAUACUUUAUAAUAUCGUUCAGAAAUAUUAAAUAAUAAGAUCAAAGAAUUAAAAGUGUUAAAUCAAUAAUUGAGUGAUUAAUUAAAUUCAAAUGCACUUUAAUAGAACUCUUUAACAAUAUAAAUUAUGGAUUGUCAAAACAUUGAAAUAAGAGAUCCAAGUGUUUAUUUAUAAAUAUGUUGUGGAGCCAAAACACACAAAACUAGAACAAUUAAAGGAGUGAGUCCAUAAAUUUAAGAGUAAUUUGAAUUUCCAAUAGACUCUGGUUGUUAAGAUAUCAUAAUAACACUUUUUGAUAGUGUAAGAUAUUGAAUUAAUUUUAGAUGAAUGAAAAUAUGAUUGGUUAUACAUAAUUUUUGAUUUCUGAAUUGAGAGAAUAAAAAUUAAAAGAUAUUAGUGUUAAUUUAUAAAGAUAGGAUAAUAUGA